GUGCAGGACUUGCUUUUACAACUCGAUGACCUUCCUUGCAUUCAGGAACACAAAGAACAGAUGCAUUUGGGCAACUCAAAUUUCUCCCUCAUCUCCCACACACGGCAUGAAAAGAAUGGCGAAGUUCUGAAAAAAGGUGUAGUCGAAGCUCAGAAUCACCACGAACCUGGUUCGUAUACGACCCCAACCGACACAAAGUGUCACGAUGGGCUGCCUACAACUGGCUCGCCUCACGAUGAAGAUACCACUCAGCCAAGGGAAGACCCGGAUCCAAUUUCUAGCCCUUGGAUCCAUGUGAAUUACGCACACAAGUUGGGAGAUUGGCCUUACAAUUGUAUCUAUCACUAG